AUGUGUUCUCGUUUUCUUCCAGUGUGUGGUCAGCCUAAACUGAACACCAAGAUUGUUGGUGGUCAAGAUGCCUCUCCCGGGUCCUGGCCCUGGCAGGUCAGCAUUCAGACAGGAGGCAGCCAUUUCUGUGGUGGCAGCCUGAUCAAUGAGAACUGGGUCUUAUCAGCUGCUCACUGUUUUCAACGCAUUCGUGCAGCAUCUAUCACAUUGGUGCUAGGAGUGAAAAGUCUGGAGGGGGUGAACCCUAAUAUGCAGCAAAGAAGUGCUAAAAAGAUCAUAAUUAACCAAAACUAUAACUCUAGCACCAGUGACAAUGACAUUGCACUAGUUCAGCUCUCCUCUUCUGUGACAAUCAAUAACUAUGUCUUGCCAGUAUGUCUUACAACAAGCAACAGUUUUUACCCAGGUGAUACUAAGACCUGGGUCAAUGGAUUUGGUAAAAUCAGUUCAAGUGUGAAUCUGCCAUCCCCAAAAACCCUGCAAGAGGUGGAAGUGCUGAUUGUCAAUAACAGUCGCUAUGCAAAAUUAUAUCCAACUAGUCUUAUAACUAAUAAUAUGAUAUGUUCUGGCUUAUUUAAGGGAGGAAAAGAUUCAUGCCAGGGUGAUUCUGGAGGUCCACUUGUCAUUAACGUCAACAGACGUUGGGUUCAGGCUGGGAUCGUGAGCUUUGGCAAUGGCUGUGCUUUACCUAAUUACCCUGGUGUGUAUACCAGAGUGUCUCAGUAUGAAGACUGGAUAAGGGUCAACAGCAGUCCUGGGUUUGUUGCAUCCAGCAUCAGUCUUGGCUCCCCCCACCUCUUCUGCUUGUUGCUUUCUUUUUCCUUUCUCUUCUCCUGUUCUAUGUUGUAG